ACUAUAUAAAACACCUGUUAUGAAAAACAUUAUCUGUCAAAUGAAACGAAGCCAGCAAUCUAAUGGAGAAUCUUACUUUUUCCUUUGCUCUUUUAGUCUUGUUACUAAAUAGCUUUGGCCUCUCCUUGAGUUCUGUCACUGAUAAACAAUCACUUAUUUUCUUCAAAAACUCCAUCACUUCCGAUCCUAAUGCAUUCUUAAGCACCAACUGGUCACAAAACACAUCAGUCUGUAGUUGGAUUGGUGUGUCAUGCGGCCUCAAACACGGGCGUGUCACCGCUUUGAAUCUCACUCACUAUAGCCUAGCUGGAACUGUUUCUCCACAUCUCGGAAACCUAACGUUUCUUAACUAUUUGGACAUCAGUUUCAACAAUUUCACGGGGAUGUUACCCUUUGAGCUCUCUAAACUACAUCGUUUGAAGGUGAUGAAUGUGGGAGUAAAUUCAUUCACCGGGGAAAUACCAACAUGGUUGGACAGUUUGCCUAAACUGGAAGUACUCAAUCUAUACGACAACAAAUUCUCAGGUUCACUCUCCGGUGGUAUAUGUGAUAAUCACCCAAAUAUUAAAGCAGUUGAUUUUUCGGCCAACCAAAUUUCUGGAGAAAUUCCACCAAAUAUUUGGAAAUGCAGAGACCUUGAGCUCCUCGCAUUAUCCUUUAAUCAUUUCAAUGGAAAAAUCCCAAGUGAAAUUGGGGCUUUGAAGAUGCUUAGAGAAUUAUACUUGGGUGUGAAUGAUUUCCAAGGAGGAAUUCCACCAGAAUUAGGGAAUCUCUCACGGCUAGAGAUAUUAGAUAUUCGCGGGGCCUCUCUAACCGGAAAUAUUCCAUCUUCCAUUUUCAACAUAUCUUCUUUGACUCAGUUGGCCUUAAACAACAAUAGUUUGUCAGGUCCGAUCCCAGACAAUAUGUGCAACAAUAUUCCCAACAUCCAAACACUUGAUCUCAUUUCGAACCAACUUGAAGGGCGAAUUCCGCCAAAUAUGUGGAAAUGCAGACAUGUUAGGAUGUUGGGAUUAGCCAACAACAAUCUCAGUGGCAGCAUCCCACGUGCUAUUGGAAAUAUGAGCAUGCUUAGUUUGCUGCAAAUAAGCUUCAAUCAGAUCACAGGCGAAUUACCAGAUGAGAUUGGUAAACUACCAAAGCUCGAGCAUCUCGAUGUGUAUAACAAUUCCUUACAUGGACCGAUCCCAUCUUCCAUAUUCAACAUUUCAACAAUGAAGAAUUUAUACGCAUCGUACAAUGAGUUUUCUGGUACGCUGCCUUCGGAUACAGGCCAUUCACUAGUCAAUCUUCAAGAGCUUGUGUUGAGUCAUAACAGACUCAAUGGCCCAAUUCCAGCCUUCAUUGCCAAUGCUUCUAAACUAUCCCUCUUGGACAUAUCUACCAACUCGUUUAGUGGCCCCAUACCCUACUUUGGUAAUUUGAAGCAGUUACAAAUACUUUUCCUUUCCGAAAAUAAUUUGAGUGGAGCUGAAUCCCCAACUCAGGAAUUGGGAUUUCUCUCUUCAUUAACAAGUUGCCCACUUCUGAAUUCCUUGGGCAUAUCAGGAAAUCCAAUAAAUGGCAUCCUACCCACUUCAAUAAGAAAUUUUUCCACUUCUCUUAAGACUAUUGAAGCAUCAAAUAGCAAUAUAAUGGGUGCUAUUCCUCCCGAAAUAGGAAAUUUAAGUAGUUUGCUAUUCCUAGGUUUGGCUGGGAAUCAGUUGAAUGGGAUCAUUCCACCAACAAUAGGGAAUAUGAAGCAACUCCAAUUUAUAUAUCUUUCUAGCAAUCACUUGGUAGGGUCUAUCCCUAAUGAGGUUUGCAAAAUGAAUAAUUUGGGGGAGUUGAUCCUUGUUGGUAACAUGCUUGUGGGUCCAAUACCUGAUUGUUUGGGUGAUGUAAAAUCCUUGAGGAAUAUCUACUUAGACUCCAACCAAUUGACUUCGACCAUUCCUCCCAACUUGUGGUCUCUGACAGACCUUGUGAUUUUGAGCUUGUCCUCCAAUUCUUUCAACGGUCAAUUGUCACCUGAACUUGGAAAGUUAAAGAUGCUCAACGUUUUGGAUCUGUCGUCUAAUCAAUUUGCUGGUGAAAUUCCUAGCGUUAUUGAUGGUUGCCAAACCUUAACAUUUCUUAACUUGUCCAAUAAUCGGUUUAACGGAUCCAUUCCUCAAUCACUGGGAAAUGUUAAAGGUUUGGUAACAUUAGAUUUAUCUUACAAUAAUCUUUCCGGAUCAAUACCCAAGUCCUUGGAACACCUCCCUUUUCUUGUCAAUUUUAAUGGUUCCAAUAACCAAGCUCUUUGUGGUCCAACCACAUUUCAUGUUUCACCAUGCCCAGUAAAUCAUCACAAAUCAAGGUUAUACACAUUCAUAGUGCCCUUGGUGAUUCUUUCUGUCAUUGUGGUGAUAUGUUCGCUCAUGCUCGUGCUCAUAACAAGGACAAGUAAAAAGAAAAAAGAAGCACUCUCCCAUGAUAAUUCACCUUUAGUAAGUGAAUGCAGAAGAGUUUCCUACAUUGAACUUGAACGAGGAACCAAUUAUUUUAGUGAGACCAACUUACUUGGAAGAGGGAGCUUUGGAUCUGUAUUCGAAGCAACACUUUCUGAUGGAUUGAAAGUUGCAGUAAAAGUGUUCAACUUGGACCUGCAAGGGGCAAUAAGGAGCUUUGAUGUCGAAUCGACUAUAUUGAGCAGCAUUCGACACAGAAACUUAGUUCGAGUUAUCGGAUGUUGUUGUCAUAUGGAGUUUAGAGCAUUGAUUCUCACAUACAUGCCAAAUGGGAGCUUGGAUAAAUGGUUACAUUUCAACAUGUAUAGUUUGGAUCUUAUACAGAGAUUGAAAAUAGCAAUAGAUGUUGGGGCUGCCUUGGAAUAUCUUCACCAUGGUCUUACAUUCCCAGUGGCUCAUUGUGAUAUAAAGCCAAGUAAUGUGUUGCUUGAUCAAGACAUGAUUGCUCAUCUUGCUGAUUUCGGUAUUUCCAAGCUUUUUUAUGGAGGGGAAACUGUAAUCCAAACACAAACAAUGGCGACCGUCGGUUAUGCGGCACCAGAGUUUGGAAUGGAAGGCAAAGUGUCAACAAAUGGGGAUGUAUACAGUUUUGGGAUACUGCUGCUAGAGAUGUUCACUGGAAAGAAGCCAACUGAUGAUAUGUUCGGUGAAGAAAGAAGUUUAAAAGAAUGGGUAAGUAAAGCACUCGAGCAAAAUGCAGCUGUUGAAAUGGUGGCACAGGAUCUGUUAUCAAGGGAAGAUAAACAUUACUCAGCCAAGGAGAAAUGCAUGUUAUCAACAUUGGGAUUGGCAAUGAAAUGUUUAGCCGUUUCAGCAGAUGAAAGAAUCAACAUGAUUGAGGUAGUGGCUGCUUUGCAUAUGAUCAAUGCAACAAUUGUAGCUGAUAUUGAAUGGUGCUAUCCACGACAUGCUUUUCCUAUAAGUGUUCAUAAUAAUGAGGUUUGAUACUUGUAUGGCGUAAUACUAUAGCUUACGCAUUCUGGAUUUUCAGUUUAUCAGUAGAAAGAUGUAUUAAUACAUUUCAGGAGUAUGAAUAAAAUAAGCAAUGCAGAGAUGUA